AUGGCUGCUCGUGCUCUGCAUUAUGUGUUCCGUGUUGGGAAUCGGCAAAAAUCCUACGAUUUCUUCGUCAAAACCUUGCAAAUGAAGGUAAAAUAAGGUCGGGAAUUGAAGGAGUUGGAUGUUUUCAGGUGUUGAGACACGAGGAAUUCAAGGAUGGAUGCACAGCGACUUGCAAUGGGUAGGAAUUUUGUGAAUUUUAAUUUUUUCGGCUUUUUUUAGUUGACAGCUAAAUUUAGAAGGCGGAAGUGAAAUUUGAAGGAAUUCAGCGCGGAUUUGACUUUGUUUUGAGCUUUUUGGAGGUUAGAAUUGGCAAGAUGAAUAAGACUCUGAUAGAAAUAUAUCAAUUUGAGGUCUCUAAUUAGUCUUUUAGACCUACAGGGUCUUUCAAGAAACGUGAAGGAAAGUCGGAGGCCAUAACUUUCGGCGGAGGCGGCGCAGAGAGCUCGUUUUUGGAAUAUGUAUUUUUAAGCAACAUUAUUUUUUGCCUACGAAACAACAAGCUUUUAGAGUGCAAACUGAGGUCGCUACGACCUUCUGAAGUAGCGGCCUCUCUACCCCGAAAACCAGGUUUUUUUGGUUGAAAAUGAUCGUGAAAUUUCGGUCUUUUUCGGUUGAAAAUCACCACGAAAUGUCAGAUUUUUUCGGGGGUUUCGAUAGAGUUGACGUUGAAAAAAGGGAAGGAUGUUGCCAACACGUUGGAAAUUAAGCAAAUGUUCGGCUACUCUUUAUUUUGACACUUUGGCUAGCCAGUUUUUGCUAGCAGUUUAAAAGUUUGGAUGUCAUUCCUGCCCUUUGACGCCCAUUACACCCUUUGACUUGUUUUUAUAAGACUUCACAGCCAUUCUGGUGCCUUGGCUAGCCGAUUCCAGGUUCCUCAAAUCCCUAAAUGAUGUCACGCUUCUUCGCGGAAGAUACUGAAAAAUAAACUGGAAAUUUGCCCCAAGUUGAGGCUAGCCGAAUAUUUGCUUAAUUUCCAACGUGUUGGCAAUAUCCGUCCCUUUUUUCAACGUCAACUCCAUCGAAACCCCUGAAAAAAUCCGACAUUUCUUUGUGAUUUUCAACCGAAAAAGACCGAAAUUUUACGAUCAUUUUCAACCGAAAAAACCUGGUUUUCGGGGUAGAGAUGCCUCUACUUCAGAAGGUCGUAGCGACCUCAGUUUGCACUCUAAAAGCUUGUUAUUUUGUAGGCAGAAAAUAAUGUUGCUUAAAAAUACAUAUUCCAAAAACGAGCUUUCUGCGCCGCCUCCGCCGAAAGUUAUAGCCUCCUACUUUCCUUCACGUUUCUUGAAAGACCCUGUAUAUUAUACAGGAUACCUAAAAUAACAAAACACUACUGAAUUUUGACAAUUUCGGUUCCGAUGGCUUCGAAAUUGCAGGAAGAAUCAUCUUCUGAUAAAAAUUUCCGAAGAGUUUGUUACUUUUGGACACUUUUUGGUUUAUGUUGUACUAGGUACCUAAAAUAAUAAAACUUGAAGAUCUUCUGCGAGGUUUGUCCCUUUUUUAGCGCUAGAUGUUGCAUUUGACAUGUAGAAGGUGUUUCCAACAUUUCCCUUUCUUCUUUCAACAAUUUCAAUUAAUUUCUGGGCCUUAUAUUACAUUUGAUACCUAAAAUAUCAACAAUAACUAAUUUGGGUUGAAAAAUCUUACAUUUCAUAUCUUUCCAGACCCUACGAUGGGAGCUGGUCCAAGACUAUGGUCGGAUAUGGGCAUGAGGACAAGCAUUUCGUCCUGGAACUCACUUAUAAUUAUGGAAUCGGGAAGUAUGCUCUGGGAAAUGAUUAUGAGGCAAUUCACAUCGAGAACGACGCCGUUUACCAUGAGUUGAAGGGGAAAUCGGAACAAGGGCCCGAGAACUCGUUGUUGGUUCGGGAUCCGGAUGGACACAAGUUCUACAUCUACCCGGGAACCCGCGAAUUUCCGAUCAGGAAGGUGACGGUCAAUGUGAAGAAUCUGAAGGAGUCCAGAGAGUUCUGGAAGGAGCAUCUGGGAAUGGAUGAAGUCAGUCACACUGAAGAUGCUUUUGUUUUGGCAUUUGGACCAGAUCAGGUGAGUUUUUUGCGGAUUUAUUGGGAUUUUUAUAUUACACUUGACGUUAGCAGCCUAAUUUUUCGUAUUUUUUAAUUUUAGGCCUCAUGGGAAAUCCGUCAACUUCCACAAGGCACCAAAUUAGAUCGUGCGGAGGCUUUUGGCCGGAUCGCGUUUUCCUAUCCGACAGAUAAGGUAUGUUUUUUUUAUCAUACUUGAUAGUAUUUUCCUUAGCUCAAAGCUCUUCAAGACAAGAUCCGAGCUCUCAAUCCGCAUUACAUUCAAAAAGAACUGGUCAAACUGGACACUCCAGACAAGGCGUCGGUCUGGGUUGUGAUUUUGAGAGAUCCAGUGAGUACUUUAUAUUAUUUUAGGUAUCAAUUGCAAUCUAUGAUUGCAUUCUUUCUAGAAUGACCACGAAAUUUGUUUUGUUGGCGAAAAGGAGUACCUCGAGUUAUCUCAGUUCGAUCACAAUGCAGAUAAAGCUUUGCAAAAAGCGAUUGCGGAGGAUGAUAGCGAUAAAUGGUAUGAUAAGUAA